AUGGGAGGCAAGCUCAGCAAAAAGAAGAAGGGAUACAACGUAAACGAUGACAAGGCCAAAGACAAGGACGCCAAAGCGGAGGGGGCCUCUCCGGAGGAAAGUGAAGCGCCGAAAGACAACAAGGACGAAGCCCCGGCCGCCACCGACGCUAAAGAGGUAGCCAACGACACGGCGGCCAAGGAGGCGCCGCCGGCCGACGCCGCGGCGCCCAAAGAGGACGAGAAGGACGCCGCUCCGGCAGCGAAGGAGCCCGAGAAACCCGCCGCCAACGCCGAGCCCAAAACGGAGGCGGCCAAGAGCGCGGAGCCCCCCAAAGCCGAGGAGAAACCAGCCGCCCCCGCCCCGGCCAAAGAGUCGGCCCCCGCUGCCAAGGAGCCGGAAGUCAAGGCUGCGGCGGCGGCGGAGAGCAAAGAUGAGGCCGACGCCAAAAAGACUGAGGCCCCCGCGGCACCAGCAGCCAAAGCCGAGGCGGCCCCCGCUGCCUCCCCUGAGCCCAAGCCCACAGAGGCGGCGGCGGGGGCGGGGGCAGCAGCAGCAGCAGCGGCGGCUCCAGCACCGGCGAAGGAAGCCGCCGCCGCCGCCGCCGCCACCCCUCCUAGUUCAACACCAGCCGCCGAACCUCCGGCCAAGGAGGCGAACGCCACAGAGGCACCAAGCAAGGAUCAAACCGUAGCAGUUCAAGAUUAAUGGACAGCUUCUUUUC